GCUCUGGCAGUAUGGCCGAAGUUUUUCGUGACGAAACAUUAUCUCACAAAGAACAUGGAUUUACUGGGAUCAAUUAUGGGCUCAAUGGAAAAACCACCGUCAUUAAAUGAUGCAGAAAGGAAAAAGGUCAAAGCUCAGAAAGCGAUGAUUGAAAAACAGCAAGAAGCUGAUAAGAAAAAGUUGGUUGUAUUUAGAGAAAAGAUACAGAAAAGGAUACAUGAAUUCAUUAAAGAUCCACAGAAACAGAAGUUCAAGUUUGAAGUAAUGGAUAAGGUCUAUAGAGCUAUUGUCCAUGAAGUGACAGAUGUGGCUGGGUUGACAUCAUUUUCCUUUGGAGUAGAAGAACAGGACAGAUACGUGAUGUGUUGGAAGAAGGAAUUUGCUCCUACUGAUGACGAAUUACAGGCUUACAGGAAAGGGGAGGAAUGGGACCCAGAAAAAGCAAAAUUAGCAGCAAAACAAAAGGAAAUCGAUAGAUUGCAGGCAGAAGCAGAUUCCAAUAAAAAGACAGAGAAAGUUAUUCCAGUAUCAAAUUACAAGGAUAAAUACAAACAUCUGAUUGGAGAUGAAUCAGCCAAAGAUGGAGCUAAACAGACACUAGCUAACAGAUCAUAUGGUUUUGUUCCUAGUGAAAACAAACGUGAUCGUAGAACAGUAGAGCAAGUAUUAGCAGACACCCGUGCCAAAAAGAAGUUAAAAACAGAGAGUUCAUCAGCAUUAGAAUUAUCUUCCCAGAAUGCAUCAACAGAGACUACUACCUCUUCCUGUCCAGAAUUACCUUGAUGUUUACCAAUACAUAGUUACCUUUUA